CAACCCAAGGCAAAAUCACUCAUAAUAUUCCUAUCCCAUUUCCAACAAAUAAGCACCAUUUUUCAAAACCUUUUAUAUUUCCUUGAUUCUUUGUCUUCAUAAAAGGCUCACACCCAUUUCUCCUUUUGCAGUGAAUUAAUAAUAAUAAUGUCCCUUAUUAUAAGUCCUCCUCCUCCUCAAGCUGUCAACUUGGGGGGCUCCCAAUCAUUGAGAAGAUUUUCCUGUACAUUCUUGACUAAAAGAUCCUCAUGUAUAUUACAGCAAAAGAAAAACUAUGGCAACUGCAAGAAGAAGAAAACAAACAACAGAUUAUCCACCGAUGUCAAGCUACAUUUCGUCUCGUCGUGCUUAAAGGAUGAUUCCUUUUCCCGCUUAGAUUCAAGAUCAAAUUCUCCAUCAGAAAUGAUUGAGAGGUUUUACAAAUGCAUCAACGAAAAGAACUUGAAGGAAUUGAGCAGUUACAUCUCAGAAGACUGCCACAUUGAAGACUCCUUGUUCGUUGAACCAUUUAUAGGGAAGAAGGCAGCUCUGCGUUUCUUUGAAGAACUAACUCAUAGCAUGGGUCCAGAUGUGAAGUUUAGAAUCCAUAACAUCUACGAAAGACGCGUUUCCAGCGUAGGAGCAAUCUGGCAUUUAGAGUGGAAGAACAUGGAGAUUCCCUUCACCAAGGGUUGCACCUUCAUCGACAUAAGAAAUGAAGAAAGAAAAACUAUACAGAAGGCACAAAUUAUAAUUGAACCACAAAUAAAAGCAGGACAUCUAAUCUUGGCUAUAAUGAAGCUUGUGACUUUAUUGCUCGCCAAGUAUCCAGCAAUUCCAGAAUGGCUGAUAAAAGUUUCUCAACAACGUUGGGUAAAGUGGAUGUCAAAGAUCUGUAUAAUUCUCUUCAAGCUUCUCUUGGACAGCUUUUUGAAGAGUUAUCUAACCUUUAUACAUUUUGGGGCUGAACUGUAUAGUAAUGUACUCAAAUUUUUACAUUAUGUUAUAAAGUCUUUCAAGUAAAGGAUACAUCAUAUACACACACGAUGAUUUAUUCUGUUCGUGGACAUGGAAACGAUUGUAAACAUACAAAACAUCCCCUUCUAGUCAUCAUUUCCAUCACGACUCAGAUAUGUUUCUAACAAAGAGAAAACAGCCAAUGG